ACCCGAGUGAAAUCGUGGUUUUUAGAGACUGAACUUCGCUAAUGAGAUGCAAGAGAAGGCCCUGGGCUAUUCCCACUGACGAGACCCCAGGCAAGGGCAGGGGAGCAGGGAAGACCGGAGGCGGCGCAGAAGAGCAGAAUAAAGAUGAGUUUGUUCCCCAGUCGAAUGCCUUUGGCCCCACUCAUGGACGAGGGAAUAUUUGCUACAGGAGUCCGCAUCAAAGAAGAACUCAGUGAAGAUGAAGAGGCAUGUCUUGAUAUUAAAGAAGAAUUACCUGAUUAUGGAGAAGUGAGGGAUGAUCUGAAUGUGGCAAAAACAGAACAUGAAUUUCCUUUGUUUAAGGAUCUUCAGUGCCUUGGACAAAAAGCACAUGAGACAGAUUUGUGUAAUUUGAGUCAGGAUGACAGUGAUGUGUUAUCAAAAGUGCCAUUUGUGGCUGAGGAUUGUGGGAACAAGUGCUCAUCAGAUAGGGAUCAAGUGAUACUUAAGGAAGAUCACAAGGUUGUUACACAAGGAAAAGUGGAUGCAGAAAUGAAAUGUAUUGACUGUGAAGUUUGUGGCAGGAAAUUCUCACGUAAGAGUAAACUCUCCGUUCACAUGAGGGUACACACAAAGGAGAAACCUUAUAGCUGUGAGAUAUGCAAUAAGGCCUUCUCACAGAAAUCUCAUGUAGUCAGCCACUUGAGAAUACAUACAAAGGAGAAGCCAUAUGGAUGUGAUAUUUGCAACAAAGCCUUUUCGAGGAAAGAUAAUCUUGUUAAACACAAGAGAUUACAUACAAAAGAGAAGCCAUAUAAUUGUGAUAUUUGUAACAAUUCUUUCACCCACAAAAGUUCUCUAAUAUACCACAUCAGGCUACACACAGAGGAAAAGCCAUACACCUGUGAGAUUUGUCAUAAGGCCUUCUCACGAAAAAAUAUUCUUGUGGGGCACAUGACAAUACACACAAAAGAAAAACCGUACAACUGUGUAGUUUGUCCUAGGGCGUUCUCACGAAAAAAUGAUCUAGUAAUCCACAUGAGAGUACAUACAAAGGAGAAGCCAUUUAAAUGUGAGGUUUGUAGUAAGGCUUUCUCACGAAAAAACGAUCUUGUGAUCCACAUGAGAGUACAUACAAAGGAGAAGCCAUAUGUCUGUGACAUUUGCAAGAGAGCCUUUUCUCAGAAAACUACUCUUGUGGUACAUAUGGGAGUGCAUACUAAGGAAAGGCCCUACAGCUGUGAUAUUUGCAAGAAGGCCUUUUCACGAAUAGGGAAUCUAGAGUACCAUAUGAGAGCACAUUUAAAGAAAAGGUCAUUUGAAUGUGAGACUUGCAAUAAGGCCUUUUCACAAAAAAACGUUCUAUUAAGUCACAUGCGAGUCCACAAUGAAGAAGCCACAUAGCUAGAAAAUUUUUAAUAAUACCUCAACAAAAAUAUAAUGAACAUAUGCACAUGCAAGUUUAAUCAAAUUAAAAGUCAUAAAGGCAUUACUAGGAAAGGAUCAUCCUAGAAUGUGAUAGAUCACUUUUUUCUGAAAUAUCUUCAUAAUCUUGACAUAUAGCUCUUGUCCAUUUCAAUAAAAUUUUGUGUUA